CCUCAAGCCGGCGCCGAGCCUAAAAUGGCCACGCUGCUCCGCAAAAUCGGGCUCAUCCGCCUGCACAACCGGGACACCGAGGACCCCAAGCACCACCACAACCACCGCGGCGGCGGCGGCCAGCAGAGCGCGUCGCUGCGCGGCAAGGGCGGCGCCAAGAGCAGCGGCCACAAGCAGCAGCACCCCCCCGGGGGCUCGGGCGACGGCAGCCCCGGGCCGGGCAAGGGCAAGGGCAAGCGCGCGCCGGAGCUGGCACCGCGCGACAAGCCGCCGCAGCCGGCGGCAGGGGCGGCGGGGGCGCCGGGCGGCGGGGGGCCCCGGGAGCCGGCGACAGGCGCCAGGGCGGGGCCGGGCCCCACGGGGGCGGCGGCGGCGGCGAGCGGCAGCCUGAUGCCCGUGGCGCGCCAGCAGCACUGCACGCAGGUGCGCAGCCGGCGACUCAUGAAGGAGCUGCAGGACAUCGCGCGCCUCAGCGACCGCUUCAUCUCCGUGGAGCUGGUGGACGAGAGCCUGUUCGACUGGAACGUGAAGCUCCACCAGGUGGACAAGGACUCGGUGCUGUGGCAGGACAUGAAGGAGACCAACACCGAGUUCAUCCUGCUCAACCUCACCUUCCCUGACAACUUCCCCUUCUCGCCGCCGUUCAUGCGGGUGCUCAGCCCGCGCCUGGAGAACGGCUACGUGCUGGACGGCGGCGCCAUCUGCAUGGAGCUGCUCACGCCGCGCGGCUGGUCCAGCGCUUACACGGUGGAGGCCGUCAUGCGCCAGUUUGCUGCCAGCCUGGUCAAGGGCCAGAUGGCAGCUUUACCGAAAAGAAACCCCAGAGGACUUGAGAGCGGAGAAUGAAUGACUCUCCUGAAGUAUGUUCCCACUUGGCUGCAGACAGGUGCACGAGGGUUUUAUCUUCCCACAUUAGGUGCUCUUCAUCAUAUUCAAGUUGGUUGAUGUUUUCCCGAAUCAAUAUUAAAUGUUACUGAAUAAAAUCAUAUGGGCUUCUUCUAGAUUUAUGAAGAAUAACCUUUGUGUUUAGAAGACUUGAAUGACCUCUAUUUGGUCUUUUUACAGCCAGUGUAUCAGAAACGAUCAGUCCCUCGUCACCUUCCUCUGUCUCUUUCACUGCAGGAUCUUUCACACUAAUCAAAUAAUGCUUGUUCUGCCAAUUUCACUAGAGCCAGAGCCCCUGGGAUACCAAGCAAAUAGCAUCCUAACUCCAGUGGAGAAGGGCACUUAAUUCUUGACUGAGGUCUGUUGUUACCAAGUAACUACCCUGCUAGUGCAUCUUUUCUGGGGCUUAGGUUCUACUUAAUUCUUGAGUUAGGAAUAGGAUGGAUGUGGCAGGUCUGGAAAGACAUCUCAAAGUGAGCGGGGUUUAACUCUUUAACGUCAGAGGUUCAUUCUGAAUCAAUGCUGGCUCUGAUGUAAGGUGCCUAUGAAUUGAGACAAGCCCCAGGGGUGGCUCAGGGGUCUCAGUUUAUUUUUCAAAUAGCAUUUAUACAAAUUAUGUGGGAGCAGAUUUCGUAGAAAUGCCUUUGUUAUUUUUUGGCAAUCAGAACUCUCUGGAGCAGUCCCUUACCUUUUUUUCAUUCUUCACAGUGAAGAUGACUUUGGGGGUCAGGGGAAAAGGAAUAUCAUUUUGUUUUAUAGAAUCACAGAACCACAUGUUAGAUUUGGAAGAGAUCGUAGAGGUCACCUGCACUACAGCCUGCAUUUUAAAAGAUGCAGGAAGGUAAAGAUCUCAAAUGAAAACUAAGGAAGUCUUUUUAAAAAGAACAGCUUCUUAGUUAAGUGCUUUCCAAGUUUACGUUAAUGCUAUGAAUAAUAGUUCUGUUGGUGCCCAUGUACUUCUUUUAAAAUAGGCACACCCUUUUUAUUGUAAUCAAAAUUAAAAGUCUUGCAUACAGCUUGCAAGUCACAGACUUCAGUGUAGUUAUCAAUAAUAUUUUAUGUAUUGAUUUUAAAAAUCUUACCUAAUUUAACUCGGGGUCCUUCACCUAGCAUAUUGUGUUAUAUUACCUAUUCUAGUGCAUUCAAUAUCUGAAAUGAAGGUGAGAACUCAGCAAAGUUAUUAAAAUCCCAAUCAGUUUCUUUGCUUUUUCCAUGCUGAUUUCAAUAUCCAAAAGGGAGGAAUGAAGAAUAUACAUAAACUAUUCGAAAUGCAAUGUAAGAAUGGGAGAAAUGAAGUCAUUAAUGUUUCAGGAUUCUGUGCACAGAAGUGUUUCAGGAACCUGACCAUUACUGUGCCUUUCCUACCUUUAUGAAUUCCCUGCCUACAAGUUGCUCAUUGCAGCACCGUAGCUACCAAAUUAUUUCCAUAGUACAAGGUAAUAGGCUUUGGGGAAAAUGCCUGAUUAGGCAUUCCAAGAGAACCAGCACUGCUACCAAACCAGUAAUUACUUUAAAAGAACGAAUCACUCAUUCUAGUACAUUCCUCCAUCUGUUGGCAUUUCUUUUCAGGGUUCGGUUUCUUAAGUGACAAAGUCAGAAAAAGCUCCUUUUUCUCUUUCACAAUUGCUCACCUUACCUUUCUGAAUGGAGGAUACACCAAGUCGAUUUUGUCUCAUACCUUUAGAGAAAUCGUAAAAUAAUAUUAAGGGUUUCAUUGGUAAUAUGAAAAGAUAAGCUUAACCUUUUUGUGGACAAAAUAAAAGUUGGGGUUUAUCACACAAUCUGAUCAAUUCAGUCAUUUCACAAAGCCUUUACCUGACUCUUUGGCUCAUGUUAUCAAAAUCUUUGGGUGUGCUGCUGUAUGGGUUGCAGCUGCUUUCAAUGAAAUCAGCAUGAAUUUCUUGUGUGCUGUAUUCUGUGUGGAGAAAGCGACAUACUUGCAGGCGUAUUUGUCUGCUGUCCAGCAUGAAGUCUCUUUUGACUAAUAGAGACAUUUUAGGUAACUCUUGCUUUUCUAUAACUGGAUGAAAAGCCCUGUACUUUUAAAAUGAACUGCUGACAGUGUUCAAACUUUAGACCAUUAUUUUUACCCUUUAUCAUUUAUUGAACCCAAAGGAGACAGUCCACCGCUCCUAUAAAUGAUUUUUAACGUUCAAAGCUGUAAGAAGUUGGUCUUGAAACUAAAGUCAGAUGCAACCAAAGGUAGAAACGACAGUGGACAGACUCUGGGAACCUGACAUUGAAGGGCCCUGUCCGAAGUGCCCAGGAGCUCACCGGCUUGUCCUCCAAGUGUGAAGUCUGGGAUAAUUGGAGGACUGGACAGAGACCCUCUUCUUGCAGUUGUGUGAGCAUAAGGUUUCACAAAAGCCACUUGAGGGAGCACUAACUUAGGAUUCCUUUUCACAUCUGCUCACAUCCUGAGUGGCCCCUUUUUAAUUAGCUAGAUGUGGCCAGGGACAGGGGACCAGAUGGCACUUGAAAGAUGGUUCCUCAGUCCUCCUCUAUCCCCUCAGAGCCAACCACAGGACUGGACUUGCCAUGAAGAUAAUAUUGAUCAGAAUAAUAGCAGCAGCCACUAACAACUACUGCAUGCUCUUGGCCUGGUUCUGGACCAGCUAAGUAAGCAAUUAGGCUAUUUCACCUCACUUGGUUCUACUGUUUCAAUGGUCAGUGUGCAGGUGAGGAAACUGCUGCUCCACGCAGUCAGGUAACAUUAAUACAACUUCAUGUUCUAAUACCAACCAUGAGUGGCAAGGCCGUGAAAAUCAACCCACACCAGCAAAAGCUUCAGGAAUGACAGAGUCAAGCCCACCCACCUAAGCACUGGCACUCUCCAGGUAACCUCUGAAUUGUGACCUGUUUGAUGAGCCUUUUUGUCCGCAGAAGACAGAUGUGCAGCCAGCUGUCAGCAGAAGACUGAGAACAGCAAGACUGAAGCAUCCUCAGAUCUCAGGGUUUGAAUUAAAAAUUGGUAAGUGGUGCCAGGACAAUUAUGUUUGCCUGACACCACCAGUUUCUGAGGCUUUUGAGUAAAGUAAACUGGCAGAUGUGGCCACUUGUCAAAAUGUGAUGAGGAGGUAAAGGGCUCUGCAGAUCACCUUGGUCAUAACAUAUAUCACUGAUGUAGGCCUUAAAGGGAUCUGUACCAUGGUUGUCACUGGGAAUCAUGUGUGCACGCACGCGCGCACACACACAUAGCCAUCUUCAACACUUCUUCCAAAAUACAAGGCCUAGAAACAGCACUUUACUUAUGACUGCAACAUCUCCAGGUCUUAUCAGAAAAUAUGAUGAAGAUGAACAGCGCUUUGGGUUCUUAAAAUGUAUGGGCUUCUAAACUGUUAUAAUUGAUGUAUGUGUAAAAACCCUGUAUUAGUUUCCUAGGGCUGCUGGAACAAAAUUCCACAGACUGAGGGCCUUCACCAACUGAAACUUAUUGUAUCACAUUUCUGGAGGGGAGGGCAAAAGUCUGAGCUCAAAGGUGCCGGCAGGGCUGGUUCCUUCCCAGGGUGAGAGAGAAUCUUCAGGCUUCUCAUUAGCAUGUAGACCGUCUUCUCCUUAUAUCGCUUCACAUCUUCUUCCUUCUAUUCCAGUGGUUCUCAACCUUCCUAAUGCCGCGACCCUUUAAUACAGUUCCUCAUGUUGUGAUGACCCCCAACCAUAAAAUUA